UUUAAUAUUCGAAUAAAGAAUUUUUUAAAGUUUAUUAUUAUAUAGAAAAAAAAGUAUAUAUAAACAUAGGAUAUUUAUUUUGGAUUCUCUAAAUUAAUUUUAAAACGGAAAAAUUAUGGACCAACAAACUAACUAUAAAUUAAAAACUGACUUUUUAAUAUCGAGCGAUGUACCCUUAAAUCAUCAGACACAAACUAGUACACUUAAAUCAAUAUAUAAGAAAUGUAAUGGAUGCAAACGAAGAAGAAAAGUUUUCAAUGAAAUCGAUCAGAUUUGCGUCCAAUGUUAUAAAGCAAAAAAGAUUCCGUUAAGUGGAAAUAAAGUUAUUGAUGAUUUUAUAAAGUUCACGUUAACUAAUUACUGUAAAAAAGAGGGGGGAAUGGAAUUUGUUCCUUAUGAAAAAUUUAAGGAUAUAAAAUUUAUUGCCGAAGGAGGAUUUAGCAAAAUUUAUAAGGCUACUUGGAUUGAUGGUCCAAUAGUCGAUUGGAAUGAAAAAAAACAAAAGUAUAAUCGUUAUGGUGAAAUGACAGUUGCACUUAAGGAACUUGAUAGUUCUGAGAACAUAAAUUCUAGGAAGCUAAAUGAGCUCAAGAUAUAUUACAAUUUCGUCUCAAAAUGGAAACCUGAUAAAGAAGAUGCUAAAGAGGAUCGCAAAAGUAGAAAAAAUUAUUAUGUGAAUAUUAGUGACUAUAAUAAUAUCAACAUAUGUUAUGGGAUUACCCAAAAUCCUAUUACCAAAAAUUUUAUGAUAAUUACAAAAUAUUAUGAUAUGGGAGAUCUAGCACAUUAUAUAGCUAAUGAUUUUUUUAAUUAUAUUUGGUAUAAUAAGCUAAGUAUUUUGCAUAAUAUUGCAUCAGGACUUAAAAACAUACAUGAUGCAAAUAUAAUCCACAAAGAUUAUCAUAGUGGAAAUAUUUUUGUUGUAUAUUCUUAUUCAGCUACAACAGGUGAUUUAGGAUUAAGUAAAUCAGCAAUUGAAUCAUUGGAUGAUGAAAAUGAGAUAUAUGGAAUUAUUCCUUAUGUUGCUCCAGAGGUUCUUCAAGGACAAAAAUAUACUAAAGCUUCAGAUAUAUAUAGUUUUGGUAUGAUUAUGUGGGAAUUAAUGACAGGUAGAAGACCUUUUUGGGAUAAAAAUCAUGAUGCAGAACUUAUUAUCGAAAUAUGUGACGGAAUUCGUCCUCCAGUAGUUACAAAUGCACCUAAAGGUUAUGUUGAAUUGAUGAAAGAAUGUUGGCACUCUGAUCCAAAUAAAAGACCAACA